AUGAUGGACUCUCCAGAACCCAGCUGUGUGUCUCUGAAGAGUGACGGAUCAAUGCAUCAUCCUCCUGAACUCAGUGAUGAACCAAUGACCUCUGACCUCAGUGAUGGAGCGGUGACCUCUGACCCCAGGAUGAUCAGACGAAGAAUAUCAUCUUCAGAACCCAGCUGUGUGUCUCUGAAGAGUGACGGAUCAAUGCAUCAUCCUCCUGAACUCAGUGAUGGAGCGGUGACCUCUGACCCCAGAGACGAUCAGAUACGAGCCCAGGAUCCUCCUCAAGCAGUGAAUGAUGAACUACAGAGAGUCAAAGAGCAGCACAAAACCAGCAUGAAGAACAAGUAUGAGAGAUUAUUUGAGGGACUGAAACUCCAGGAGAAUGAAAGCCUCCUGAACAGCAUCUACACACAGCUCUACAUCAUAGAGGGAGAGAGAGAAGGAGUGAAUGAAGAACAUGAGGUUUUACAGAUGGAGAAAACAGCCAGAACACAACACUCACAAGACGCUCCAAUCUACUGCAAUGACAUCUUUAAAGCCUCCGCUGAAGCAGGAUGUGAGGAGAAAGAGCAGAUCAAGACUGUUCUUUCUAAAGGCAUCGCUGGAAUCGGAAAAACCGUCUCUGUGCAGAAGUUCAUUCUGGACUGGGCCGAGGGAAAAGCCAAUCAGGAUGUAGAUUUCAUGUUUGUGCUUCCAUUUCGAGAGCUGAACUUGAUCCGAGAUCAUCAGUACAGUCUUCACAGACUUCUGCUGGACUUUCAUCCUGAACUUCAAGAUCUGGACUCACAGAUUUAUGAGGAGUGUAAAGUUGUGUUCAUCUUUGAUGGUCUGGAUGAAAGCAGAAUCACACUUAUGUUUUCAGACGCUCAGAAAGUUUGUGAUGUGACUGAGACUUCAUCAGUGGCUGUGUUGAUGUCAAAGCUGAUGAAAGGAGAGCUGCUUCCCUCUGCUCUCAUCUGGAUCACCUCCAGACCAGCAGCAGCCAAUCAGAUCCCCUCCAAAUACAUCCACCGUCUGACAGAAAUUCAGGGAUUCACUGAGCCUCAGAAGGAGGAAUAUUUCAGGAAGAGAAUCAGUGAUGAGCAUCAAGCCAGCAGAAUCAUCUCACACAUCAGAAGAGCAAGAAGCCUCCACAUCAUGUGCCACAUCCCCGUCUUCUGCUGGAUCUCAUCCACUGUGCUUCAGAAGCUCCUGGAAGAAGAUCUGAGUGCAGAAAUCCCUCAAACUCUGACUGAAAUGUACAUCCACUUCCUGCUGAUUCAGAUCAACAUGAGGAAGCAGAAGUAUGAAGAGAGAGAUCCAGAGAAACUCCUGCCGUCCAACAGAGAAGUGAUUGUGAAACUUGCUGAAGUGGCUUUCAAACAGCUGAUGAAGGGCAAUGUGAUGUUCUAUGAGGAGGACCUGAUUGAGAGCAGCAUAGACGUCACUGACGCCUCGGUGUAUUCUGGGAUUUGCACUGAGAUCUUUAAGCAGGAAUCUGUGAUUCAUCAGAGGAAAGUCUACAGCUUCAUUCAUCUGAGCGUUCAGGAGUUUCUCGCUGCUUUCUAUCUGCUUUACUGCUAUUUAAGAAAGAACAAGAAAACACCGCAUGAAUUCAGAUCUCCUCUGCGUAAAUUCAUACUUUCACUUUUAUUCCUGCAUUCUAAAGAUGACUCUGAUAAAGUCUCUCUGUAUGAUCUACUAACAUCAGCAGUAGAUAAAUCUCUCAAGAGUAAGAAUGGACGUCUGGAUCUGUUCCUGCGGUUCCUGCUGGGCGUCUCACUGGAGUCCAAUCAGAGACUCUUACAGGAUCUACUGACACACACAGAGAACAGCUCAGAGACCAUCAGAGACACCACACAGUACAUUAAAGAGAGGAUCACAGAUGAUGAUAAUCUCUCAGCUGAUCAGUCGAUCAAUCUGUUCCUCUGUCUGCUGGAAGUGAAAGAUCAGACUCUGUUCAGAGAGAUUCAGGAGUUUGUGAAAUCAGACAAACACUCAGAGAAGAAACUCUCUCCUGGUCACUGCUCAACAAUCUCCUACAUGCUUCAGAUGUCAGAGGAGACACUGGAUGAACUGAACCCCAUGAAAUACAACACAUCAGAUGAGGGGAGAAGAAGACUGAUACCAGCUGUGAUCAACUGCAGAAAAGCUCUUCUUGCUGGCUGUAAUCUCACUGCUCAGUGUUGUGAGAGAUUGUCAUCAGCUCUACAAUCCUCAAACUGUGUCCUGAGAGAGCUGGAUCUGAGGAACAAUGACCUGCAGGACUCUGGUGUAAAGUUUAUUUCUGAUGGACUGAAGAGUCCAAACUGUCAGCUGCAGAUACUGAGUCUUGCUCUCUGUAAUCUCACUGCUCAGUGUUGUGAGAGAUUGUCUUCAGCUCUACAAUCCUCAAACUGUGUCCUGAGAGAGCUGGAUCUGAGGAACAAUGACCUGCAGGACUCUGGUGUAAAGUUUAUUUCUGAUGGACUGAAGAGUCCAAACUGUCAGCUGCAGAUACUGAGGUUGUCUGGCUGUAUGGUGACAGAGGAAGGCUGUGGUUAUUUGUCUUCAGCUCUGAGUUCAAACCCCUCACACCUGAGAGAGCUGGAUCUGAGCUACAAUCACCCAGGAGAAUCAGGAGUCAAGCUGCUCAAACACAAACUGCAGGAUCCAAACUAUAAACUGCAGAUACUCAAUGUGGAUCAUGGAGGAGAGAAGAGGAUGAGAGCAGGACCACGAAAGUAUGCCUGUGAUCUCACACUGGAUCCAAACACAGCAAACACUCGACUCGUUCUGUCUGAUGAGAACAAGAAGAUCACACAUGUGGAAGAUCAUCAGCCGUAUCCUGAUCAUCCAGAGAGAUUUGAUGUGUAUCCUCAGGUUCUGAGUGUUGAGAGUCUGACUGGACGCUGUUACUGGGAGACUGAAUGGAGCGGAGAUGAUGCUGGUAUAUCAGUGUCAUAUAAAGGAAUCAACAGGAAAGGAGGAGAGAGUGACUGUGUGUUUGGAUGCAAUGACAAAUCCUGGAGUCUGUACUGCUUUAAUAACAGUUUCUCUGUCCAGCACAAUAAUAACGACACUGAUAUCUCUGCUGUCCGUUCAUCCUGUAAGAGAGCAGGAGUGUAUGUGGACGUGUCGGCCGGCCCUCUGUCCUUCUACAGCGUCUCUGACACACACACACUCACACACUUACACACAUUCAACACCACAUUCACUGAACCCCUCUACGCUGGGUUUGGGGUUAUUUAUCCUGGUUCCUCAGUGUCUCUGUGUGAUAUUAAAGGAUAGAGAGACUCUUUCUGAUGUUCACAUGCACACAAACUCAUCUAAUCUCACAUCACUACAUUUCUUAUUCAUUUUUAAUUUGUUUUUCAUCAUCAUACGGAAGUUAUGAAUCUAGAUCAGACUCUCAUACUGUUCUGAAUCUUUAAUAAACAGAGUAAUAUGUGUGCUUUAAUAUUUCUAUUGUAAACUGCUCAUCAAAUGUAAUAAAAGUCCAUGAGUGACUCAUUUGAUCCUGAA